UUCUAUUGUUAGAUUAAAGCUGUUUUCUGUGCAGGGAUCAUUCAUCUUCUCAGUCACUUACAGCACAGUUUCAUGGGAUCCGGCGCUACUAUUAAGAAAUGGGGGCGUUCAUCAUCAUUCUCUUGAUUUCUCGUUCUUUGUCAUUUAACUUCUUUUUUUGUGUCUGUCUUCUCAAGAUUCGGGUUUGUCGUUCCUUUUUGUUUUUGGGUGUGAUUCCCCCCAGCGCAAUAGAGGUGGAUGUGGGAAACUUGUGGCAUUGGGUGUGCGCCUUAUGAUGGGUAGAGUUGUUGAUUUAAGUAUUAGGUGUUGUGCAGAGCGAGGUAGUGAAAUGCAAACACUUUGAAUGAA